AUGUCCUCGCCUUUGGGAAGAAGUGGAGCUGCGGACCGAUUGCCGGUUUCGCCCAGCCAGAGCGACAGAGAAGAUGCGCAGACGUCAACGCCGGGAGACGAGCAGAGCAACGAGGACGAGCUGAUGCUGAAAAUGAUGUUCGAUCUAUUAGACGUGAACAAAGAUGGCGUAGUUGAUUUCUCGGAGCUAGAACUAGUCAAGAAGGGAGACCAGAGUCCACAAGCUCGUGCCACCGUGAUACUGCAUAAAGCGGUCGAUGUCAACGCACUUCCACCGCUGCUCGGUGCUGAUGUGAGUACGAAGAUUGCAGCCACGAAUCCGCCCAUCACGUGGGAGGUCCUCCGCAAUCAGGAUGAUGUUGCCACGGCCACGGCCAUAGCGUAUUUCACCGAGGGAGACUGCGAGGAGCAGGACGACCGCGAGGCCGCUUCGUGCGCGGCAGCGUUUCACGCACUAGCGCACGCCGAAACUCGAGACAUCCUUGCCCGGGACGCCCAGGAUGCGGAGAAACUGAAGGAGGGCAUCCGGUUUGCGCAAGAGAAGGGCGUCCUGGACGCGUCACAAGUGCCUGCGCCUUACUGCCAG